AUGCAUCCGCCUAGUGUGAACGAAGCGUCUUCGAUUGAACUUUUGUGUAGCACAUCACAAUACCAUGGAGAUAGCGAUUCGGAUAGUGAACUUUCUCUUACAGACUAUAAGGAUUAUUUGAUUCAGGAACACCAGUCGAAACUUUCACAAUUGCAAGAAAGUGAUUUGCCCAUGUCAGCAGUGAGUCUGCCAUUGUCGGAUGAAUUGGAAGGGAAGCGUGAGAAGACAACAAGGACAUCGGACCAUGGAGAAGAAGAUAAUGGAGACACGGAAAACUUCAACGCUGCUGGUGGUCCUCCUUCUAUGAAAACUCUACCCGAGGCAAAAUUGCCAAGAGCUAGCGGCUCGAUACGAAGAAAACCACCUCCUGAACUAAUUGAUGACGAUUGCGAGGGCGAUUGCGAGGGCGAGGGCGAUUGCGAGGGCGAGGGCGAGAAAGCUGGAAAAAUGAGCAAUGACAGGGGUAUAAGUAAACCGGUAAGUGUCCCGUUACUGCCGACAGUGUCUCAAGGUGGCAAGACUAGCAAGUUUAAGCGGUUUUCUAGGGGGAAAUUCAACGACUUUGGAAAGUUUAUGAACUCAUUGAGAAGGUCUACAAGCAUGAGGACAUUUGAACAACCAGAGUCGGAUAGUCACACCUAUGUAAAGCCUCCAAACACAGACCCUAUCCUGCAAACACCGUCGUUUGCAACCUCACGUUCAAGUUCUACAACAAUACCGACCACAUCAGCAAGUACACCAGAUGAAUCGCCAUUUUGGAAGUAUCACAUUCUCCGAUUUGGGAAAGACUUGUACCUCACAACUAACCCAGGAUCAAAAUACGUCUGUUGUCGAAAUGGUCCCGGUUUUUAUGUGGAGAUUGUCUUUGACUCGGCACACAGCCCAAAUGUGGAGGAAUAUACAUUAAUCUUCAAAGAUCCAGGUAACCUUUCCCAAGAUCCUAGACAUUGUAUGGCGAUAUCGAAAAAGCGAGAUCUGAAACAGGGGUAUUUCAGUAUAAGGGCUCCCAAGAACACAUACUUGACUGCAAACGGGACAAUGGAAAAAUAUGGAGAUUUGACAAUGUUUAAGGCUGUAUCGUUUCCCCUGAAAAUCAGUCGAAGGCAAUUCCCUUAUGAUGAAUUGCGAGAGAAGAACCCAAAUUAUUUCACCAAUUACGAAAUUAAGGACUUGCAGAAUACAGUGUGGAAUGUGGGAUCGAUCUCAAGAGUCAAAACUAGCAGGUUUAAUAAAGUUAGACAAAGCGUUAGGAAUGCUAGUAAGGAUCUCCACGAAAGGAGUGAACAGGAGGAAUUGAAACUAGUGGGUAAGCGCAACAUUUAUUUCCAUCGCAACUAUGUUGCCAACGAAAAUACUCUGGAGAGCAAAGUUUUCGAUGCAAUGACAGAUUUUCCUCCCGUUUUGAGUAUGUUUCGUCCAAAUGAAAAUAGAGCAACAAAGAGAGUGGUACAAUCAGUCAAGCAAUAUCAGAAAAGUCGCGUUCACACAUCAAAUGUACGUAUAGCAGUGGACAAUUUUGAAUCUUCUCAAAACGACACCAAAACUUUUUAUAACGGAAGUGAUGGUCUCUAUUAUCUGCAUGAUACUAGUGACGAUAGUCCUGAUGAAAAUAAACUGGGGUGGAUCACCAUAUAUGAGGAUUUAGAGGUCUUUGGAGGUGUCGAGAAUAGGGGGAUGUUUGAUAUUGUAUUGGGAAUGACCUUAGCUGUCGGGUUUGAUACGUACUUGAAGAACCAUAUGGGUGCAAAGAGAUGA